CAAAAUCACCGACAUAAAAUUAUAGAAAAUUUCGAAGUAACAGCAAGCCCUAGAGUGGCACUGUCCGUCUUUAGCUCUAUCUCUUUCUGGUUGAAGCCACCGAUUCGGGAUAGGUAUUGUUUGAAUCAAAGAAUGGGUCGGAAAGCUGGCACUGUAUAUCUUAAUCCAAAGAAAUUUGGCGCUCUUCACAAACCUUGCAUGAAGGAUAUGCUAGCAUUUCUCAACUGCUUGGCUCUUAACCAUAACAAUGAUGACAAGUGUGCAAGGCAGAAGGAACUUUUGGGUACUUGCAUGGAUGCUCAGAGAAACAAAAACAGAAAGUCAAUGGGAAGCAUCAAUUACCACUUGCAGAGGUUAAGCAGGGGAAGGAAGUAGUUUGGGUUUUUGUAGAGACAAAGGUUAAAUUGAGGUAUGAUUUUUGGAAUCAUCAGUGACACAGGCUUAGUAUGGAAGCUGUUCUAUUGUAACACCUAGAGAAUGUUCACAUAUAGUUUCCCUGUUUGAUUCAAUAGUUAUGGAAAAUUCUCGACAUUAUUUUGAACAUUUAUGUUGCAGUUAAUUUGAUAUAAGGAAGUUUUCCAGUAAUAUGUAAACCUGAGUCUUUCCUUGAGUAGAAUGAAGGCUUAAGUUUUUAAUUUA